CGCCGAGGGGAAGGAGGAAAACCCCAAAAAACGACCCUCAAAACCCCCCGUAAAAGCUUGCGCCGGAGCGCAGGUACGUGGGAGUGUUCCACUCGGUCUUUUCCGAGACCGCCCUCCCCGCGUCAUUGGCUCGCAGCCUUUUGUGAGCGGGGAGAUGCGGCUGUCCGCCCGCCCGGCUGCCGGUCCCGGCUCGCUCCCGGACUAGGCAUGGGCAGGGGGAGGUCGCCUCUUGCCCUCCUGGUGGCCCUGUGGCUCGGCCAGCUGGGCGUGUGGGCGGCGGGGCGCCCCAAGGUGAACCCCAGGAUCAUCGCGGCUCCCCAAGGUGCCAAGGAAUAUGCGUUCCCGUGCAGGGAGAGGUUCCCGGUGUUCUUCCACCAGGAAAACACCUCCUCCGUCUACGUCGGGGGCGAGGGCAGGCUCUACUACUACGACUUUGCAACGCGCGAGAACUACACGGAAGAAUUCCCGGUGAGAAAUGAAGGCCAGUGCGUGUCCUCUGAGAAUUUGGAGGACAGCCGGAAUUACCUGACCCUGGUGGAGCAGUACGGGGACAGGCUCUUGGUGUGCGGGACCGGCGCCUGCGCUCCCACCUGCUGGAAUGUGACGCAGAGGAAGGAGAGCCCGCCCUGGGAUGGGAGAGGGAUUGCUCCCUUCACCCCUGACUCCAACACCCUCGUCGUUGUCGAUGGCCAGGACAUCUACUCCACCAUCAAGAAGAGCCAGCAGAACGGGAAGAUCCCUCGAUUCCGCCGCGUCAGGGGCGGGGGAGAGCUCUACACCAGUGACACCGUGAUGCAGAACCCUCAGUUUGUCAAGGCCACCACGCUGAGGCAUGAGGAGCCUCACCAGGACAAGAUUUAUUACUUCUUCCGCGAGGACAACCCAGACAAGAGCCCCGAGGCGCCCCGGAACAUCUCGCGGGUGGCCCAGCUGUGUAAGGAGGACAGGGGAGGAACCAGCUCCCUCUCAGCCUCCAAGUGGACGACGUUCCUCAAGGCCACCCUGAUCUGCGUGGACCCCGUCACCAAGGGCAACUUCAACUGGCUGCAGGACGUCUUCUUCGUCCCCGCGAGCGACUGGCGGCGCUCCAAGGUCUACGGGCUCUUCACCAACACCUGGGGAAGCUCUGCCGUCUGUGUCUACUCCUUCGGGGACAUCGACAACGUCUUCAGGACAUCGCGGCUCAAAGGCUACAACGGCCCCACCCCUGAGGUCAAACCUGGCCAGUGCGUCCCCUCGGGGCAGCACACGCCGAGCGAGACCUUCAAGAUCGCCGACAGCCACCCCGAGGUGGAGGAGCGGGUGGAGCCGCUGUCCCCUUCCCGGAGCCCCCUGUUCCACAACAAGCACCGCUACCAGAAGAUCGGCGUGCACGAGGUGGCCGCGGGCGACGGGCAGCGCUACAACGUCCUCUACCUGGCCACAGACAAGGGGUCCAUCCACAAGGUGGUGGAGCUGCCAGAUGGGGUGCAGAACAUCGUGGAGAUCCAGGUGUUCCCCAACAAGGAUCCCAUCCAGGCCAUGAUCCUGGACCAUGCCAGGGCCGUGCUCUACGUGGGCUCCAGCAGCCGCGUCCUGGAGCUGCCCAUGGACAUGUGCGGCGCCUACCGCAACAACUGCCACAGCUGCGUGCUGGCCAGGGACCCCUACUGCGGCUGGGCCAACGGCUCCUGCCUCUCGCUGGCCCGCGGCCGAGACGUGCUCCAGAACCUGAACUUCAACUCGUGGCGAGGAAGCUGCCAGAGGGGCGACGUCAAGGAAGACGACUUCCGCAACAUCUCGGUGAUGCCCCUCUCCCGCUACUACCUCAACUGCUCCAUCGAGUCCCACUACGCCACCUACAACUGGUACCACGAGGACGUGCUCAUCAAGAGCUGCAACACCUCCCGCCCGCAGCACGACUGCUUCCACUUCAUCCCCAGCGUCCGGCGCGAGCACUACGGCCACUACGUCUGCGUGUCCGAGGAGGACGGCUUCCGCCAGGCGCUGGUCAAGGAGCGCCUGCUGGACCGCCAGCGCUUCUUGUCGCAGCGCGGCCGCGCUCCGGCCGCGCCGGCCUCGUGGUUCCGACCGCUGCUGGUGCUGGUGCUGGCCGAGCUCUUCCACUGAUGCCGGCCCCGCCGCCGCCCGCGGUUCCUGCGGUUCCCUCGGACUUUCGGUGUCCCCACCGCUGGCCUCGCUGGAAGAGCCUCGGCAGGAGGGUGUGACACGCGGUGGCGGCCCCGCUGCCCAGCCAUGCAUGCGCUGAUGCUCAGGGCGCGGCCGCUCCUUGCAUGUGAUGAGGAUGAGGAGGAGGAAGAGCCAGCUCUCAGGCUCCGGACUGCGGGAUCCCC